UGUAUGCUGACAUUGUCGGGGGUUUAGGACGUUGUGUUUGGUUAUAGAAGGAACAAUGACCGUGACAUCUGGUAACAGGUGCAGCUAGAGCACAGCUGAGACGGCAGAACUGUUGGCCUGAACGAAUUGUUCUGGUUUAUUACAGCACGCUCUCCAACGGGCUCCAUUUGGAAGAACCUUGAGCUAAGCAUCCUCUGUUGAUUCCAGCAUUCAUAUUGCAGGCAAUCAUUUUAUUUCAAAUUGGUCUUCAGCGCAACAGUGUUAGAAAACUGCAGAGAGGUUAGAUUUGGCGUUUAACGUAUUGGAAGCUAAACAAAGCGCACAAAAACCAUGGCAGAGAGUGGCAGUGGUACAAAUGCCUCCUCAUCAGCAGGGGGCGUCGCUAAUGCAGCUUCUCUCCCCCCUGGAGACGCACAGCUCAUUGCUUUAAUUGUUGGGCAGCUGAAGAGCCGGGGGUUGUUUGAUGGCUUUCGUAGAGAUUGUCUAGCCGAUGUGGAUACAAAGCCAGCUUACCAAAACCUACGACAGAAAGUGGACAACUUUGUAUCGACUUACCUGGACAAACAGGAAUGGAGUGCUGGCAUGAACAAAAACCAGCUGCGUAACGGACUGAGGCAGAGUGUUUUUCAGUCGGGCAUGCUUGAAGCUGGCGUUGAUAGAAUCAUUUCACAAGCUGUAGACCCUAAGCUAAAUCAUAUAUUCCGUCCACAGAUAGAAAAAGCUAUACAUGAAUAUCUGGCUGCUCAGACAAAAGAGGAGGCUGCACCGAAUCCUCCUCCCCCUCCUCCUCCUGAACCAGAGGAGCAGGACCCUCCUGUGCCAUCUCAAAGUGCCUCUUAAGAGGGCACCCUCUUAUGAAACUUCUGUGUCUUUAAAAAGUAAACAGCAAACUGCCUUUGCAAAGCCCUUAAAUCGCAUCUCCAAGGAACGCAGCUCCCAUAUAGUGGAGGAAACACUGAAAAACUGGAUCAUAAUGUGGUCUUUUUUUAUAGUAGCAUCCAGGCUACUCAUUGUCUGACUUUGGUCUAGAUAUCAUUCUGAAAUGUUCAUAUUUUAUGUUUUUAUCAAUUCAAAAUGAGCAUAAUUGGAUGUUUUCAAGGGGGAUAAUUAAUGCUGUUGGUUUACAGGAUUGGUUUUGCUGUGCUUCCUUUGUAAACGUGAUUAUGUUGGAUAAAGAAUUGGGAAUUUUUAAUUGUAAUGAGUAAUACUCUCAAUCCGCUAUAAUGUGGACAGCAUGGCGUUGGUGUCUGCACAAUGACUACCUAAAAUAUUUGCCGAAUGUAUGUGUGUUACCACUGCAUAUCGCUAAGUUACGUAGGGCUUUUUCUUUUUUAAAUAAAAUGUGUGGGUUUUUGUUGUGAUUGUUUGACUAUGCAUUGAAUUAUCCAACUCUUAUUAUCUGAAAAUAAAUAUUUUUGUUUAUGGA